CAACAAUCCCCCAUUUAUGCAUGCGGCCACAUCACACGUCGGCAAUGUUGUGCAAAUCCAAACACCAGCCGGGCACAUAUACGAAGGAGUGUUCCGGACGUUCUCGUCACAGUUUCAGAUUGUGCUGGAAAUGGCACAUCGCGUUGAGGUAGGGCCGGAUCAGAAGACGAAAAUCAUUGUCGAAACGUUCGUCGAGCGGUUGAUCUUCAAGCCGAACGAUAUUGUGACGAUCGCGGCGAAGGACGUGGAUCCAGAAUACGCCACGCGCGACACGUUCAAAACCGACACGGCCAUCUCGCGGUGCAACGGUACGAGCUGGCUAGAGGACCGGGAGCUCGAACCGUGGGACGCAAGCGGCGGCAGCGGUUUGAAUGGCGAUCACGGCGACCACAGCCUCGAGCUGGACGCGAACGCGGACGGUUGGGAUGUGAAUGAUAUGUUCCGCAAGAACGAGACGAUCUACGGGCUGCAUUCGACGUUCGACCAAUCGCUGUCCGGCUACACGGUCCAGAUCCAGAAGCGCGACAGCGAAGAGUUUAAGGUGCAGGAGCUGGAGGCGGAAAAGAUUGCGAACGAGAUCGAAAACAAUCCGGUCUACAAGGAUCGUAUCGACGUCGAGAACGGUGACGAGGAAGCGGCGUUUGCUGCCGUAGUUCGCCCGAACGUCAGUCCGUUGCCAAGUGGUGGUGCGGCUGCUGGAACGGCCGCGCAACCGGCCGGUGGUGGCAGUGUCAAUAGCAGUGGCGGCGGCAGCGGCGGUGGUAGCGGCGCUCUGAACGAUAAAAACUCGAACAGCAUCAGCAGCAGUAGCAGCAGUGCAAGCAGCAGUAGCAGCAACAGCAUCGGUGCACACAGUAGUAAUAAUAGUAACAAUUUAGUGAACAACACGAAUACGACGACAACUAGCAGCAACAAUAAUAAUACGAACAGUGCGGCGUCGGCGGCAUCUACCACCACCAUGCCCUCGAACACCAGGCAACAGAAGUACAUUGCUCCGGGUAUCCGCAAGCCGGGCCAGGGUGGUAAAUUGGUGAGAAGCACACCGCCUCCGCUGCCCAACAGCAGUAAUAGCAACAAUAACGGCCCGCCGGUUGCUGUUCCUUCCUCGCAGCAGCAGCAGCAGCAACAGCAACAACAGCAGCAGCAGCAACAGCAGCAGCAGCAACCGCCGCCGCCGAGUCCUCAAGCUCCUCCGCCACACAAGAACAGCUACGGGCCAAUGAUAAAUCAACAGCAGCAUCCACAAGGCUCACCUCAGCAACAGCAGCAUCAGCAGCAACCGCCGCCUCCUCAGCAGCAGCAGCAGCAACAGUCAACCAUGACGCCCAACAACCAGCAGCAACACGGGGUCGGAGCAGGAAUGCAGCAACACCCUUCGGUGCCGCAGCAGUACGCGAUGCACUCGGCACCGUCGCCUUACGGUCACGUGCAGCAUCAGCAGCAGCAACAACCGCCCCAGCAACCACAGCAGCAGCAGCAGCAGGGUCACGGGCAGCCUUCGGUGAUGAAUGCGAACAAAAUGAAUGGUGACGGAGGGCCAGGUGUCGGUGGGCAGAUGAACGUAAAUAGCAACCAGAAGCCUCUGCCACAACGCACCGUCCGCCAGUACGCCGGUGGCCCGGCCCCCACGGUUUACAGUGAGCCCCCGCCGUCGCUGAACCCACAGCAACUGGCGGCGGCGGCCGCAGCGGGUCAGAUGCAGAACAUGGCCACCAAGCCACCGAUGCACAUGACACACCCCCAUCAUGCCGUUGUUCCGCACAUGCCGCCACCGACCGUCGUCUCAUCCGACGGAGUCGUUAUCCAGCAGCACCACGUGGCGAUGCCUCCACCGCCCAUGAUGGGAGUUGGCAACCCGCAGCAACAGCAGCAUCAGCAAGCACCACCGCCGCAACCCCAGCGCACGGUGGUCGUCCGCAACCGGGACAUGGAGAUCGAUAAUCUCCGCAAGUUUGGCCAGGACUUCAAGCUGGCGCCUCCACAACAACAGCAGCAACCACCGAUGCCCAACGUGCAUCAGCAGCCUCCACCUCCGCCGCCAGCGACGCAACAACAGCAGGGGCCACCGCCGCCGUCGCAGCAGCAACAACUGCCGCCACCGACGGUAGUGGUGCAGUCGCAGCAGCAGCACCCGCAAGAUCCGCACUCCGGAUCACCGGCUGACAAUGGGCCACCAUCGCUGGUGGUGCAGCAACAGCAACCCAAACUACAGCAGAUUCCGUCGCAACACAGCGAGCCUCCGCCGACGACACCGCCAACCCAACAGCAACAGCAGAAUCAGGCCUCACAAACGACGGGCCCAUCCGGAGGCAUGGUACCUCCACCGCACAUGGUGGCCCAGCAACCGCCUCCACCACCACCCGGUUCCCAGCAACAGCAGGGGCCUCCUCCACCCACUGGCCAGCAGCAGCAGCAAUCGGUGGUGGUCGGUGGUUCUCCACCGCAGCCAGUGCCCCAGCAGCAACCGCCCAACCUUGGACCGCCCGGUGGCGCGGGUGUUUCUGUAGCGAACGUUCAGCCGCCGCCCGCAAGCACCCCGUCGUCCGAUGGCGUCAGCGCGAACAGUGGCACCGCGGAUCCGAAACCGCCGGGUACCGCCACCAAAAAGGUGUUCACCCUUAAUCCGGCCGCCAAGCCGUUCACACCACGCAGCCCUAGUACCCCCAAUCCGUCUCGCCAAUCAACCACUACUAACAGUAACAUAAGUAUCAUUAAUGGUAAUCCUUAUUUCGCACGCCCACUGAAAAGUCACACGUCUUCUAGCCCGCACACGCCGCAAACGCCGGGCCCGUCGGCGUUGGCGCAAGGCUCCUAUCAGCCUCCGCCACCGCCGCCCCAACACGUAAUGCCGCAGCAGUUCGUGAUGCAAUACACGGUGGUGAAUUCGCCCUCAUUCCCAGCCCAGCAGCAUCCGCACACGGCGCAACCGACCCGCAUACGGAACGGACGCCAAGGUAGCUACCGGAACGAUAUUUUCCCCGUCGGUGCUUCGCAGAUACAGGUGGCGGCCGCAACUGGCCAGCCCCUGCUGGCGCCUAGCCCGAUCCAGAUGAUUGCUCCGUACGGGCCGACGAUUCAUCCGCAAACGUUCCAGGCGGCACCACCAUUCCACCAGCAGUACCGCACCAUUUACGAUACGCCGCAACCGACACCGCUCCAGUAUCUGGCGGCGACGCCACCCUCGACGACACCGUCGCCCGGCCAGCCCCACCAGCAGUACCACCCAGGCCCUCAGCCAUCGCCCGCCGGUGGCGGUCCGCCCACGUACGCGCAGGUUCACCACCAGCAACCGACGCCCUAUCCGAUUUCGGUGUGCCCGAUCGUGGCGCCGCCGCAGGUCGUUCCUACGAUCUACCAGAACAUGACGUCGGCCCCGCAGCAAAACCAUCACCAUCACGUAAUGCACGUGGCGCAGCAUCCGACGGCGCAGUAGC